AAGAAGACAUUGUAUUCGUAAGUGUGGAAGUGUGCGUGUGAACGUCAGUGCAUAGUGUUUACUGUUUACUAUGGAAAUAUAAUAAAUUUGCAAUUAUUUAAAAAAGUAAAAUAGUUUUCGUAUAUAUAUGUAGUUUUUUGAACGGGAUCUCUUCAAAUUAAUGCAGUGAUAUUCCAUUUAUCUACAGGGGAUUGUUUUCCAAAGGGAAUCAAAAUGAAUUCAUUUGCAUUUAUUGGUUAGGUUUAGGUUACUAAAAUUAUUACCGGGUUUAUACUUUUUGAUACAAUUAUUAUAAAGUUUAGAUAAUUUGAUUGUUGAUUGAAUCAUAAUGAAGCGUGUACAUGCUGAGAAUUGGUCACUCAGAGAGAGGCUUGUCCUGGCAUCUUCUGUUCUCAGAAGUGGAGAUCAGAAUUGGAUGUCAGUGAGCCGCGCGAUGCGCACCAUGUGUGAGGGAGGCGAUCGGCCACUGGAGUGGUACUCGCAGAAGCAGUGCGCCGUGCAGUACGAGCAUCUGCUGAACACACUGGGUGGGGGGAGUGCCCUGCCUAAGCGCAAGAAGCGCUCGCUCGACGCGUCGUCCACAUCGCUCGCUGCGACUGCGCACGACACGCCGCAGGAGGUCAUUGUGCGCAAGCUCACUCAAGAACGAAUAGAAGAGCUGAGAGCCCAGUUGGUGGAGCUUCGAGCGAGCUAUUUGCGAGAGAAACAUGAAAAAGAGGAAGUGUUGAGUGGACGUUUUGACUCACGUUUGGAUGAAAUUGAACAGGCCGAUGCAGAGAGGGAUUCGGAGUUCAAUCGAACGAAAGAGCAAGCAACUCCUGUUAAACUUGAGCCAACGCAGACACCGCAACCAGAGUCGAAGCCAACCUCUCCACUGCUGACCUCUCUGCUGCAAAGUCCGUCUCCUGCGCUGAUGCAUCGCAGUCCCACCAUCUCCAGUCUGCUCAUCUCGUCCCCCCCUGUGCCUGGGCCCACUCAAACACCUCCCAGGCCCAUCGCGGCCACAACAUUGUCUCAGCUUCUAGAAAGUCCCACCAUUUCUUCGCCAACUACCAUACAGAAAACACAGAGUCCCAGUAGGAGUCCAGCAACACAAGCUCCAGCGAACGAUCCACCUCAAAAUGAUAUUGUAGAAGAUGAGUUGUCUGAGAAAGAAAUAACCGAAUUUUUGACUGAACUUAUUCCACCGGGAGUUGGAGAACAAGUACUAUCGCUGGAUAAUGUCAAGGAUGAUCUCAUUGAUGUUAAGAUAGAAGACAUUCCAUUGGUAGAAACAGACCCUUCGGAAGUUGUAACUGACAUAGAUCCAACAGAAGUAAUAGUGGCAGCCGAGAAUAUCCAAACAGAAGAAGUUUGUACUGACAGAGAAAACACAUCAAUAUUAUCAAAUCAAACAGCGACUUCAGCGAUCUCAACAAUCUCAGCCAUAGACGACACGCCUGACAGUGAUCUAAUCGCUGAAACUCUGAGUGAGUUGGCAGAGCUCGAUUCGCGAACCAUUGACAUGAUAGUUGUUGGACCCGAUGCGCAGCUGGCCGGUGGUAUAAAAGAAGAGCUUGUGGAAAUUACUAGCACUGACAUAGACCUAGCCACUGGAGAGGCGGCGGCUGCUGCACCAACGAUGAAGGAGAUAAUAGAGGGCGCAGAGGUGGUCGUAGAGGGCCAACCAGAUAAUGGAGCGGUCAUCGAGGAGGAGACGGUUGUCGACUCGACCGUUGUUGUCGACAACAUAGUCGACUUCCCCACUUCGAUAGUCGAAGAGUCGAUAGUUGAAGAGACUACGGUCGCAACUCAAGGAGAGGAGGAGGAGGAGGUGGUUGUGAAGAUAGAGGUAGGGGAGGAAGUCGAAGAGGUGGAGAAAGAAGUGGAAGUGAAGGUGGAACCGGAAGAAGUAGGGGAAGAAGAAGUGGUAGCACAGGAAGUGGUGGAAGACGAAGUUGUGGUGGAAACUGGCGGAGAAGCAGUGGUGGAGGAGGAUGUGGUCGUGAAUGAGGAGGUGACACAAGAACAAAGAGAGGAAGAGAAGGAAAGUGAGGAGAAGGAAAAGGAAAGUGAGGAGAAGGAGAAGGAAAGUGGGGAGAAGGUGGAGGAAGUUGCAGUGAAGGAGGAAGCUGAGGAGAAAGUAGAGGAGGAGAAGAUUGUUGAGGAGGAGAAGGGUGAGGACGAGGAGGAAGAGAAGAGGGUGGUUGAGGAGGAACAAGUUGAGAGUAUCGAAGAGACAGUGGUUGAAACAACCGAACCCCCCACCCCGCAUCCAACCGAAGAAACCAUCAAAGAGAAAGUUGAAACCAAAGACCUAACCGAUGAAGAGGAAGAAAGCGAAGACAACACGAAAGAAGACGAGACGAAACCCGGAGACGAAAGUGCGGAGGCAAAGGAACCCGAGAAAGAAGAUAAGGAGGAAGAAAUGAUAUCGGAGGCAGCUGAAGCAACGAAGGAGGUGGAGGAGAAAGGAGGCGAAGAAGAGGAGUUGGAGGAGGAGGAGGAGAAGAAGAAGGAAGAGGAGGAAGGUGAGACUAGUGAGGAGGUUACGCGUGCGGAUGUAAGUGCAGCUAUUACUGUCUCUGUCAAUGAGAUCAUGUCGUCUUCGUCUACCCCAAGUACUCCUACAUCAGCAGUUUUGCCCAAUAUAAUGUCCAUCGCUUCUGAUACUGUUUCGUUGGUCAAUAUGCGGUGCGGAGUUUGUGACGCAGCUGUUCCAAAGCGCGAUAUUAUAGAUUGCCCAAGAUGUCAUAAGAACUAUCAUUAUUCAUGUCAAACAUGUUUCACGGAACCUAACUUUAGAAAGAUGUCUGGUAUUGCGAGAUCCCAGUGGUCUUGUGCUAAAUGCAGGAAAUUAAAAAAAAUGGCAAGAAAGGUACUGACCCUUGUGGUCAGUAAUGGAGGGGCUGAGGAGGAAGAGAAAGGGUUGGUGAAGAAGAAGCGGAGGGGCAGUGUUACUGUUGAUAGUGUAAGUAUAGGGCCUUUCAGUGAAACGGGAUGAUUUCAAUAAGUGACUACUUCUUUGAAAUUUUUUUUCAAAUUCAAUGGGCA